CACACGCACACGCACACACUAUCACACACACUAAGACACACACACACACACACACACACACGCUGCCCUGGUGAUUCAAGGCUGAUUUCCAGCGAGGAAGCGUCAGAGUGGAUGCCAAAAAAGAGCGGAGCAGCCGCGGACAAGUUUGCGGCGCUUGAAAACAUUUUUUUUCUUUCCUUCAGAAAAAAACAAAAACCGCGAGUAAUUCCUUCGUCGUUGUUGUUGUUGUUGCGGAGGAGUGUGGAAGUUGCGCGCAGUGUGGCACACUUUUAGCCGCACAAUUGUUGUGACUCCAGAGGCGCACAAAGAAGGCAGAAGAAGACGCCGGAGAGGACUAACUAACUCCGCGUAAUCUCAUCUUUUGUCUCCCUCCGCGUUGUUGUUUGCAGUUUUGCAUUUUGACGAUUAUUUUUCAAAGUUUUUUUUUUUUUUUUUAGUCCACCGGCGUGUGUGGCCUUUUUUUUUUUUUUUUUUUUUUUUUUUUUGUCACCGAGAGAGCGAGUGGACGCGCAGGGGGCCGAGAGGAGCCGGAGCCGGGCUGCCCACAUGCUCCAACCACCGGCGUGAAAGUUGACUUCUUCCCGACACGAGAGAACAGGUGCCAGUGAUGAUGGUGGAAUCGGCCUCUGAGACCAUUCGAACCACGCCGUCCGGCCAGAACGGAGUCAGCAGCCUCGGCGGCCAAUCGGACGGCGGGGGAGGGAGAGAAGGCGGCUCGAACGGAGACGCCAACGGAGAACUCAGCCCGGUGGACCUACUGCACCUGCAGCAGCAACAGGCUCUCCAGGCAGCCAGACAGUUCCUCCUCCAGCAGGCCUCUGGGCUCAACUCCCCUGGCAGCAACGAGGUCAAACAGAGUCCCGUGCAGGUUCCUGUAUCCAUGGCUAUGAUGAGCCCACAGAUGAUCACUCCGCAGCAGAUGCAACAGAUCCUGUCACCCCCUCAGCUCCAGGCUCUGCUACAGCAACAGCAGGCUCUCAUGCUAUCGCAGUUACAGGAGUACUACAAGAAGCAGCAGGAGCAGUUGCAUCUGCAGCUUCUGACUCAACAGCAGCAGCAGCAACAACAACAACAACAACAACAACAACAGCAGCAGCAGCAACAGCAGCAGCAGCAGCAACAACAACAGGCUGGCAAGCAAGCAGCAAAAGAGCUCGGCAGCAAGCAGCUGGCCUUCCAGCAGCAGCUGAUCCAGAUGCAGCAGCUUCAGCAGCAGCACAUCCUCAACCUGCAGAGACAAGGCCUGGUGCCCCUGCAGCCCACCGCCGCCAUGCAGUCCCUGCAACAAGCGAUGUGUCCGUCGGACCUCCAGCAGCUGUGGAAGGAGGUGUCGGGGGUGCCGAGCAGCGAGGAGGCCCUGAAGCAAGCCGAGGGCCUGGACUUGAGCACCAACAGCUCCAACUCUACCUCAGCCUUCCCCAAAGCGGCCAGCGCGCACAUGCCACUGCACAGCCUGCACAAUGGACAGAGCCACACCCCAAAGAGAGACAGAGCCAGACUGUUUGAGUGGAUCUCCUCCUUCUCCAAGGCCGACAGUGGAGAUGACCAUGGCCCCCCUUACUCCAAAGGCAACCCUGCCAGCCAUCAUGAGGAGCACGCCGGCUCCCAUCCUCUCUACGGCCAUGGGGAGUGUAAGUGGCCCGGCUGCGAAGCACUGUGUGAGGACAUGGGGCAGUUCAUCAAGCACUUGAACAACGAGCACGCCCUGGAUGACCGCAGCACCGCUCAGUGUCGAGUCCAGAUGCAGGUGGUGCAGCAGCUGGAGAUACAGCUGGCCAAAGAGAGCGAGCGACUCCAGGCCAUGAUGACCCACCUGCACAUGCGCCCCUCGGAGCCGAAGCCUUUCAACCAACCUUUGAACCUGGCAUCCAGCGGCUCUUUUCUCAAGCGGGACAGCGACCUCUACCCGGAGGGCCUCCCCCACCCACCCACCUCAGCUGCGACCCCCAUCACUCCGCUGCGCCAGGGACCCUCGGUCAUCAGCUCGUCCAGCCUCCACAGCCACUCCCACGCGCACGCCGUCGGGCCCAUACGUCGGCGCAACUCCGACAAGUACUGCACGCCCAUCGCCUCAGAGCUGGCUCAGAACUGUGAGUUUUACAAGAACGCUGAUGUCAGGCCCCCCUUUACCUACGCCUCUCUUAUACGCCACGCCAUUCUGGAAUCCCCAGACAGACAGUUGACUCUGAACGAGAUCUACAACUGGUUUACACGGAAGUUCGCCUACUUCAGGAGAAACACGGCCACGUGGAAGAAUGCCGUGCGCCACAACCUGAGUCUGCACAAGUGUUUUGUCCGCGUGGAGAACGUGAAGGGGGCCGUGUGGACCGUGGACGAAGUUGAAUACCAAAAGAGGAGACCACCAAAGAUGACCGGGAGUCCAACUCUGGUGAAAAACAUGAUUUCAGGCCUGGGCUUUGGAUCCCUAAACGCCAGCUACCAGGCAGCCCUGGCAGAGAGCAGUCUGUCCUUGCUCAACAGCUCUUCCCUGGUGAACCCUCCGUCUGCGGCCAGCCUCAACAUGUUGCAUGUGGGCCACGACGACGUCAGCUCCACCGUGGAGCAGGUCAACAGCAACGGCAGCUGCAGCCCCACGCUCAGCCCGCAGCAGUACAGCCACGCAGUGCACGUGAAGGAGGAGCCCACCGAGAUCGAGGAGGACUGUCGGCCCAUCUCCCUCCUGGCCGGCGUCACACACGCCCUGCCGCUGUCGAGCGACGACCGUGACCUGGAGGAGGACCUGCCCACCGACGAUCUGGAGUAAGAUGGAUCCAGGGGGCGGGGCUUAGUCAGAGCCGUCUCUGAAGAAGAAACAAUAGCGAAGAGGAAACGAAAACAAGUUUUCUUUCCUUUUUUUUUUUUUUUUCCGAAUAUUCGUCGUCACGAGCAAGCAACCAAAGGAUGACAUUAAGAAACUCCAAGCAGGGUUUGAAAGACCUCCAUUAAGUACUCUUUAACUCGCCGAAUCACACACACACACACACACACACACACACUCGUCAAUUGUCCAAGCCUCCUUCCAAACUUCUCAAUGGAGACCCCCCAAAGAGGUUUGGACCCUCCCUCGAAGAUGGCGUGUAUAUAGCUUUGGAGCAUCUGCCCUGGGGGCGGAGUCUAAGGGGGGGGCUGUGCAGUAUCCCCCCCUGCCCCCACCCACCACUUUGGAGUCAAUCAUUUCAUUUACCGAACUCAACUUUUCAGAAAAGAUGGACUCUUUCAAAGAAUACCUCGACCCAUGGAGGGGGAUGUGUGGCAAGGGGGGGUGUGGCUCCUCACUUACGGACAUAUUUGAGGCUUUUACGUGAGUUAUGAAAAACAAAAAAGAGAGAAGAUGAACACACUGCCCCGGCCACCCAAAAAGACUGCAAGCAAAGGAACGUCCCCGUUUGGGAUGGAGGGGAUGAACACUCGUAGACGGAAACAGCCAGAAAUAUUGUGACUUAAAAGAAAAAAAAAAGGAACCUGUCGACGAUAUGGAAUAUAUAACAAGUGUGGUAGCUUUCUUUGUCAGUUUUUUGUUAUGUUGUUAUCAUUCUUUACUUUUUUGCGAUGAUUAUUUCCAUGUUAACUUCCUUCAGGACGUUGUGUUUGUUUUUUCACCAUUCCUAUCCUAAAGAGUACGACUAAAGUAGAAAAACGCAGUAUUGUCACUUCUCCCAUUCACUGCCAAAGUGUCGCCGGGCUAGAAAUGUGGAGAUAGCACUUAAAACCUUUCCCGUGGGUCCAGACAGGAUUAUUUCCAUUCGCUUGUUUUAUUUCCGCUUGUUUUUGUUUUCUUUUAGUGAGAAAUGUGAGUCAUGCUUUAAAAGAAAUGUAUAUGAAUGCAGUCUCCGAGUACCUCAUCCUACUCAAGUUCCAGAUUGACGGGAAGUAGUUUUUGUAGGACACCAAAACGAGGCUGGAUUCAAAGCGCACGUGUUCGAGGAUCGUCACCUGACUUUUAGACAUUUUAAAAAAAAAACAUUACUUUUGUCUACAGUGCCAUACCAAAUUGAACAUUUGCUUCAGAAAUAUCUGCUUCUCACUCCCGCGUAUUUUUUUUUUUUACAGGUUACCAAAGAAAUAUUUAGAAAACCAAAAACCCUUUACUUUGUUAUUAUUUUACUACUAUUAUUAUUAGAGUCUCCCUCCUUAUUCUUUAAAAACUGGCCAAAAGACAACAAACCAGAAGUUCUGAGCUGUUUUUUUUGUGAUAUUUAGUUCUUUUUUAUAUUUGUUUGAAAGUUGAACAGGACUACAGUUGCUGACCACACCGCAAACCAAAGUGAAAACUAAAAAAUGGACUUGGAAGCUUUUGUCGGUUAAAAACUGUUCACAUUAGUGAUAAGGCCAAAUACACAAAGGAGUUGUAUUACACUGAAAAGGAAGAAAAAUGGUUCAAACCACUGCAGAGAAAAAAAUAAUCAUAUUUUCAUUGUCAUUUACAAAAAAUGACAAUUUUUUUCCACAAAAAAAAUCACAUUUUAAUAAUUUUUUUUCACCAAAAAUUAUAUUUUUCUUGCAAACAUUUUUUCCCCAUUUACAUUUUUUUUUCUUCACAAAAUCAAAUCAUCAUCCAAGAAUUUUUCACUCAAAAUAAUAAAACUUUUUUUACAUGAAAAAUGUCAUAUGAAUAGCUUUAGUUUAGCAAUAUAACCUUAUUCUGAUCAAUUUAACUUUUACAGAAGUAAAAUAUUCUUUAAAAAUGCAUAAUUUUUCAUUAAGAGAAAAGAUUUUUCCAAUUAAGUCUCACCUUAUUUUGAAUAAAAAUAAGGCAUUUUGAUAUAAGAAGAAAAUAUUUACAAAUAUGAAACAUUUUAUUUAUUCAGAAUCUUCAGCCUUUAUCCCAUAAAAUAUUACUUUUUUUUUCAUGAAAACUACUACUGUCAUAACAUUAUGCUUUUUUGUUUUAUUUUAGCAAAAUGUCGGACUUGAUUUAGUAAGGACUAAAUUUUUGCAGAAGUAAGACAUUCUUAAAAAAAAUGCAUCAUUUUUCAUUAAGAUAAAGAUUUAUCCAAUUAAGUAUCACCUUAUUUUUGAAUAAAAAACAUUUUGAUAUGAGAAAAUAAUUACAAAAUUGUAACUUAUAAUUCAUUAUAAAAAUAAAUCUUAUUUUAUUUAUUUAGAAUCUUCAGGCUUAAUCCCAUAAAAUAUUACUUUUUUUUUCAUAAAAACUACUACUGUCAUAAGAUUUUUUAGCAAAAUGUCUGACUUGAUAUAGUUAGGACAUAAAAAAAUUACUUAAGUCUCACAAAAUCACAACUUUUUUUCUUCCAAGAAUUACUUUUUGCAGAAGUCAAAGAUUUUCUAAAUGAACUCUCACCUUCUUUUGAAAAAAAAAGAACUACAUAAUCAUGAUUUUUUUUUUAAUAAUAUAUACUUGUUUUAAUAUUUUAAGUUAUUUUUUAUUCAGACUUUAUUCCCACAAAAUAUUACUGAUGUCAUAAGAUUAUUAUUGACUUUUUAUUAGCACAAUGUCUGACUGUAUUUGAGACAUUUGUGAUUUGGGGCUAUAUAAAUAAACAUUGAUUGAUUGAUUGAUUGUAUUUUGUUGAGACUCACAUUAAAUGCUUUAAUCUUACUAAAUACUCAUCUUAAAAAAAAUACAAAAAUAUCACAUUCUAAUAAGUUAAAAAUUUUACUUUUUUCAUCACGAUUUAGUUUUUUCCAAUAAUAUUAAGACUUUUUUUUUUUUAAUAUCAAAAUCAUUUUUAUAUUGAGACUUAUUUCCAUGAAAUAAUACAGUCAGCCUUUUGUAUAACAAAAGUGUCCGACACUCACAGAAAUCUAUUCUCCUCAUCUCAUAAAAUUAUGUAUUCCUAUAAAUGGCGUAAUACUAAUGAAGAAAAUGAAUUUUUUUCCGAAAAUUAUCCUCACCUUAUGACUUUUUUCUUCUUUGCAGUGGAAGUACUAGUCCUUGGUACACAAAAGUAUUACCAGCAUGCACAGUUCCUCUGGCAAAGACAAAGAAAAAGCACUUAGAGUGUGUUCCAAACACGAGCGGGACCAAGUCGUUCCAAAAAAUGUGUGGCGACAGGGGACGGAACAGACAACCAACGCUCAAAAAGUCGAUAUUUAUGUACGAGGGCAACAGCGAGAGACGACGCGUAGCCAAGAAGUUCUUAACUUUUGCACUUCACGCCAUUUUUCUUAUUUAAUUGAACCGAAAAAGACAGACCAAAAAGAACACUACCUCCUUUUCGGAACUCUGCGAUGUACACUAGGGAUGGGGAUUCGUAUGUGGCGGUUUACCUGACACAUGAAAUGUGACGAAUUGGGAGGAUGCCCUAUCUACUUAAGUAAAUAUCUUGAAAUGCGGCAAUUCCAACUUUGACCGCUGUUGCUAUACAGAGUGGCGCUUCCCAUAAUUUUCUGCAGACUGCAUGGUGAAAAUGAUUUACCCCCCUAUACCCCCUUUUCCUCUCGCGCGAGAUCCACCCAGGAAUGGGUGACGAAUCCCAUCCCUACUGUACUUCCUUGCUGAAUAACCACGACGACAAAUGCCUAAAAUGUUGGUUCCUGUCUGGUCUCCCUGACACCAAAUACAAAGAUCUGUUAAAAAAAAAAACUACCUCGCUCUGGCUAAAAACCAUCAGGUUUUGAUGAAUUGAUCACACGCACACACCCAAACACACUUA